AUGCCGAAACAUCCUGCAGACUACGAUGCAGUUGUAGUUGGUGCCGGCUUUAGUGGGAUUCGGUCGUUAUGGGAACUUCGCCAGCGUGGGCUGAGCUUCAAAUGUUUCGAGGCCGGGGCAGAUGUCGGCGGCGCCUGGUACUGGAAUUGCUAUCCUGGCGCUCGCACCGAUAGUGAAGCAUGGGUUUAUACCUUGAAUUUUGCCCCCGAAAUCAGGGAAGAAUGGAAUUAUACGGAACGGUACCCAUCGCAAAGAGAAGUGCAGCAUUUCUUGGGCCGAAUUGUCGAUAAGUUUCAUUUGCGAGAGUACAUCGAAUUCAAUUGCCGCAUUAAAUCUGCCCAUUACAAUAAAGAGACCAAACUCUGGACGAUCACAGCAGGAAACGGGACUGCUGUUACGUGCCAGUACUUUUUACCUGCAACCGGACCCUUGUCGAUUGCAAAGGCUCCCCCGUUCCCCGGACUGAAAACUUACACCGGAGAGUGGUACCAGGCCUCUAACUGGCCAAAAAGUGAUGUCGAUCUACGCGGCAAGCGUGUUGCUAUCAUUGGAACUGGUGCCACUGGAGUACAGAUUAUCCCAAAGAUUGCCCCGGCAGUGAAACAGUUGACCGUUUUUCAACGGUCCCCAUCGUAUGUUUUGCCGGGAAGAAACUAUAUUAUCGAUCAGAACCAAACCCAGGAAAUCAAAUGCAACUUUGAUGCGACUUUAUACGCGGCCAAGAAUCACCCGAAUGGGCUGGCAAUGAAACCGUCUGGGAAAACCGUCCAGGACGCGAGAGACGCGGACAAAGUCCGACAGACUUUGGAUGCUGGUUGGGAAGAGGGUGGCUUUCAUUACCAGUUCGAAACAUUUGAUGAUAUCUUCACCAAUGCCGAGUCCAAUGAGACGGCCUCAGAAUAUAUUCGUCAAAAAAUUCGCGCCAUCGUUCAUGAUCCAGAAGUGGCCGAAACACUGUGUCCUAAAUAUCCGUUCCUAUCGAAACGGCCCCCGUGUGGACACUUCUACUACGAAGCCUAUAAUCGCCCCAACGUGAAGUUGGUCAAUAUAAGUAAGCAGGAGAUUGACUUGUACGAAAAGGGUAUCAGGACCACCUCCGGAACUGAGUAUGAGUUCGACGUGAUAAUUUUCGCCAUUGGAUAUGAAGCCGCGACAGGUGCAUUGAGUGAACUAGACGUUCGCGGCCUAGAGGGAAAGUCCUUGGGAGGGAAUUGGAGCAAGCGCAUUGAUACUUUUGCUGGGUGCCUGGUGCCUGGCUUCCCCAAUUUAUUUUUGAUUUGCGGCCCACACGUGCCUUUUGGCAAUAUGCCGGUUGUGGUAGAUAUCCAGGUCAAUUGGAUCGGCCAGACGAUUGCGUAUAUGGAGCAAAAAAAACUUGCUUGUAUAGACGUGACUGAGAACGCAGUGGCUGACUGGUCUGCCGAACUCGACGAGACAUUCAAGGUAACUGUGUUUGCCGAAUCGGCCAAGGCAUCUCGCUCCUGGUUUGUCGGCGCCAACAUACCUGGCAAAGUGCAAACCGUCCUGUUCUACUUCGGGGGCGUCCCGGCUUACACGGCGAAACUGGAAAGGGAGAUCUCAGCAGGAUGGCCCAGUAUGCGGUUUAUUCCAUCCACAGUGACAAAUGGAGUAGGGCACGACGUCAACGGCAUCUAG